AUGUCGAAAAAAGACAUCGGCAUGAAGCUUAUAUCACAAUCAUUGUUUAAGGGACUGUGCCAUACCUUAGGGACUCCUCAACAGGUUGCAAUGAGAAGAGAUGCCCUGGAUCUUAUCGAAAUGGUAGAUACAUUGCAAGGAGCAGAUGUUCAGUUCCGAUUUUUGCCCAGUGGAAGUCGUAGAGAAGGAUUCAGAUUUAAAGGAUCAGACAUGGAUAUUAUGCUGUGGUCUAAAGACCAUAAAGUUAUCUGGGACAUGGAACAGACACGAAAUUACAAUAGAGAUAAACACACAUUGAUUCUCUCCGACUGCUCUGAUAGCCCGCCAGGGUACACACAGCUAGUAUUAAUCACACAAACAAAUAUGGAAAGUGUGUAUCUUGCAUGUAUCAGUAGCAAUGACAGACUUUUCAUAUCUAGUUCUGCACUCCGAAAAAUCACACUUUCUGGCUUAUUUCCAGAUUUUACAGAACAUGGACCAUGUAGCAGUGGUUUUAUGUACGAUAUGAAUCAUGAUACUGCUCAUUGUUUUGCUUCUGAUAUUUGGCCUCCAUGGGCUUUCCCAUGGAUAGCCAGAUCUCACGUCUGGCCGGGAUCUCAAAUAGUAAAUGAAAUAGUGAAAAGUGGAUGUCACGUCGUACCAAUUGGACACAAACAAGGAAAUCAUGAAGACGAUGAAUGGAGAAUCUCUUUUUCUCUUGCAGAACAAAAACUUGUGUUCUCUAUGAACCACUCUCAGUUUUUAACGUAUGGCUUGCUUAAAUUGUUCUUAAAAGAAGUUAUAAAGGAUGGUUUAGGUACUGAGGAUAAAUUACUGUGCUCAUAUCACAUGAAAACAGCAGUUUUCUGGGUGCUUCAGCAAAAUACAAUUCGUGACUGGUGUCCACAAAAUCUCCUAGAGUGUUUCUUGGUUUGCUUUAGGACCUGUAGAUACUUGGAAGCUUUAACCAAUUUAGAAAUGAUAAAGGUCAAGUUAUAUCAGAUAUGUGUAAGGGACAUGUAUGAAUGUUUUAAAGGAAAAGAGAUCGAAGCAAGCGCAUUAGAGAAACGAAUCUGGAUUAACAAAAGAAAAAUGGUUGUAGCAGGGCAAACAAAUCUUGAAAAGGACAUCUGUUAUAUCAAAGAAUUAUAUCUCGAACAGCAAUAUAGUUUGAAUAGCUACGAAGAUGUUAACAUAACGUUUAUUCCAGCCAUUCUUCUGUUGCACAUGCUUGAGUUCUUGUGCUACUCACAGAUUGACCAAGUGCACGUAAAAGCACAAUCAGCAUUACAAGAACUGGAGUCACUUGUUUUUGAAGACCAGCUAGAGUCUCCAUCUAUAAUGAAGGGAUCCAUAUAG